AUGGGCUUUAACAGAGGAGGAAAUUACAAAAAGAGAAAUGAAGUUACGGUCCCUUCUGAUGGCAAUUCUACUACGAGGCUUAGAUUCCCAUUUAGGCUGAGAUCUGUUCCGAGUGGUAUUGGUUGGAAGGUGGUGGUUAAAUGUGGGAUGCAUAAUCAUAGACUAGAUAAGGAUUUAGUAGGUCGUGACAUCUUGGGUCAUCUAAAAGAUGAUGAAAGAAAGUUUGUGAAUGACAUGACGAAGUACAAUAUGGCACCAGGGUACUGGCUACCACUGCUUGAGAUUGUUGGUGUUACAUCAACAAAAUUGAUGUUUUCAGUUGCUUUUGCAUAUUUGGAACACGAAAAGAAGGAGAACUUCACAUGGGCACUAAAGAAGCUUAAAGAGUUGUUUUAUUAUGAGAACUUACUACCAGAUAUCAUGGUGACGGACCGAGAGCUUGCAUUAAUGAAUGCCAUUGAUUUUGUGUAUCCAAAUGUGUCUCAUUUGUUGUGUACGUUUCAUAUUUCAAAAAACGUUAGCAUAAAAUGUAAAGAGUAUGUGAAAUCAGAAAAACAAGAACAUGUCAUGGAUCAAUGGAACAACAUGAUGUAUUCAAAUAUAGAAGACGAAUUUGAUGUACAUCUGAACCACUUCGAGAGUGUAUGUGGUGAUAUUCCAUCAUUUGUCAAGUAUGUGAAAGAAACAUGGUUAACACCAUAUAAAGAAAGAUUUGUUGCUGCAUGGACUAACAAAGUCACUCAUUUAGGGAACACAACAACAAACAGGGUGGAGUCUGCACAUUGGAGACCGAAGAACAUGUUGACUACAAGUCGUGGUGAUUUAUGUGCAAGCUGGGAUGCUGUGAACACAAUGUUGAAGUUGCAGCUGGGUUCCAUAAGAGCGUCAUUUCAAAAGUAUUGUCAAUAUUGA